AAAACACACACCCCUUAAACCCUCCUUUAUAUUUUAUUUUCUUGUUCAGUCCUGAAACCCUUUUUCCCGGUCACCGACCGUCAUUCUUUCCAUUAAACCUUCAGGUUUUUUGGUGGUAGCAGGAUGGAUGACAGUUUAUAUGAUGAGUUUGGAAACUACAUUGGACCUGAAAUCGAGUCUGAUCAAGAGAGUGACAGAGAUGACGAAGAUGAAGAUCUUGUAGUCAAGGAAGAAGGCGAGAGGGCCGAGUCUGAUGAAGAGAAUGGAGUUAUUGGUGUCGGACAUAACGGGUGGAUGACUACUGGUGAUGAUGUUGAUAUGGAUAAUCAGAUUAUUCUUGCAGAGGAUAAGAAGUAUUAUCCGACUGCACAAGAGGUGUAUGGUGAAGAGGUGGAAACACUGGUUAUGGAUGAAGACGAACAGCCUCUCGAGCUGCCUAUUAUUAAGCCGGUCAGAGAUAUUAAGUUUGAAGUCGGCAUUAAAGAUUCUUCUACUUAUGUGUCGACACAGUUUCUAUUGGGUCUCUCAUCAAACCCCACUCUGGUUAGAAAUGUUGCUUUGGUUGGACACCUGCAGCAUGGGAAGACCGUUUUCAUGGAUAUGCUGGUUGAGCAAACCCACCACAUAUCAACUUUCGAUCAAAACAGUGAGAAGCAUAUGAGGUAUACUGAUACUAGGGUUGAUGAGCAGGAAAGAAGGAUAUCAAUCAAGGCCGUUCCAAUGUCACUCGUUCUUGAAGAUAGCAAUUCAAAAUCUUAUAUGUGUAAUAUAAUGGAUACACCCGGGCAUGUCAAUUUUUCUGAUGAAAUGACUGCCGCCCUCAGACUUGCUGACGGGGCAGUGUUGGUAGUAGAUGCUGCUGAAGGGGUCAUGGUUAACACUGAGAGAGCUAUCCGGCAUGCAAUUCAAGACCGCUUACCUAUAGUUGUUGUGAUAAACAAGGUUGACAGAUUAAUAACCGAGCUCAAGCUACCUCCCAAAGAUGCUUAUCACAAGUUGAGACAUACAAUUGAAGUCAUCAAUAAUCAUAUCGCUGCAGUCUCUUCAACUGCUGGCAAUGUUCAAAUUAUCGAUCCAGCUGCUGGAAAUCUUUGUUUUGCUAGUGGGAGUGCAGGAUGGUGCUUCACUUUGCAAUCAUUUGCCAAAUUAUAUGUUAAGCUUCAUGGAAUUCCUUUUGAUGCCAACAAAUUCGCUUCUCGACUUUGGGGAGAUUAUUAUUAUGAUCCGGCUACUAGAGCUUUUAAGAAGAAACAACCUGCAAGUGGGGCAGAAAGAUCAUUUGUGCAGUUCAUUCUUGAACCCCUCUACAAGAUUUACAGCCAAGUAGUUGGAGAACACAAAAAGAGCGUGGAAACAACAUUGGCGGAACUAGGUGUGACUCUGAGCAAUGCUGCCUAUAAGCUAAAUGUGAGGCCGUUGCUUAGAUUGGCUUGCAGCUCAGUCUUCGGGUCAGCCACUGGCUUUACCGACAUGCUGGUUCAGCAUAUCCCUUCUGCCAAGGAGGCCGCCUCUCAAAAAGUAGAUCACAUAUACACUGGACCUAAAGAUUCAAAAAUUUACUCUGCCAUGGAGGAUUGUGAUCACUCUGGCCCGCUUAUGGUCAAUAUAACAAAAUUGUAUCCUAAAUCUGAUUGUAGUGUGUUUGAUGCAUUUGGAAGGGUCUAUAGUGGUGAACUUCGUAUCGGCCAGACUGUCCGUGUCCUUGGAGAAGGUUAUUCACCAGACGAUGAGGAAGAUAUGACUGUUAAAGAAGUAACGAAGUUAUGGGUUUAUCAAGCUCGUUACAGGAUACCUAUCAAUAAGGCCCCUCCUGGUUCCUGGGUGCUUAUCGAGGGUGUUGAUGCUUCAAUUAUGAAAACUGCUACUCUUUGUAAUUCAGAAUUUGAUGAGGAUGUUUACAUCUUUAGGCCACUUCAGUUUAACACUCUUCCAGUGGUGAAAACAGCAACCGAGCCAUUAAAUCCAAGUGAGUUACCCAAGAUGGUUGAAGGUCUUAGGAAGAUCAGUAAGAGCUAUCCUUUAGCUAUUACUAAAGUUGAGGAAUCCGGGGAACACACUAUUCUAGGUACUGGAGAGUUGUACUUAGAUUCUAUAAUGAAGGACCUUAGGGAACUGUAUUCAGAAGUGGAAGUCAAGGUGGCAGAUCCAGUGGUGUCAUUCUGUGAAACGGUGGUGGAUGAAUCUUCUAUGAAAUGCUUUGCUGAAACUCCCAACAAGAAAAAUAAAAUUACUAUGAUUGCUCAAUCAUUGGAGAGAGGACUUGCGGAGGAUAUUGAGAAUGGUAUUGUGAGCAUUGACUGGCCUAGGAGGAGGCUUGGGGAUUUCUUCCAAGCUAGAUAUGAUUGGGAUCUUCUUGCUGCAAGAUCUAUAUGGGCGUUUGGACCAGAUAAGCAGGGACCUAACAUAUUAUUGGAUGACACGCUGUCUGGUGAAGUAGACAAAACCUUGUUGAAUGCCGUUAAGGAUUCAAUUGUUCAAGGAUUCCAGUGGGGUGCACGCGAGGGCCCACUUUGUGAUGAGCCCAUCCGUAAUGUGAAGUUCAAAAUAGUCGAUGCUAAGAUUGCACCAGAGCCAUUACAUCGAGGAACUGGUCAAAUCAUUCCAACAGCUCGACGUGUGGCCUAUUCAGCUUUUCUUAUGGCAACACCACGUCUUAUGGAGCCCGUCUAUUAUGUGGAGAUACAGACACCUAUUGAUUGUGUUUCUGCUAUAUACACGGUGUUAUCAAGAAGACGUGGGCAUAUAACUGCUGAUGUUCCUCAACCAGGCACACCAGCCUAUAUAGUCAAGGCAUUUCUUCCUGUAAUUGAGUCAUUUGGUUUUGAGACGGAUUUACGGUAUCAUACCCAGGGGCAAGCCUUUGCUCUCUCGACUUUUGAUCACUGGGCCAUUGUUCCUGGUGAUCCAUUGGACAAAAGUAUUGUAUUGAGACCACUUGAGCCCGCGCCAGUUCAAUACCUGGCACGUGAGUUCAUGGUGAAGACAAGGCGUCGGAAGGGAAUGAGCGAGGAUGUGAGCAUCAAUAAGUUCUUUGAUGAGGCUAUGGUGGUGGAGCUUGCUCAGCAGGCUGCUGAUCUGCACCAACAAAUGAUCUAGUGGUAGCAGCUGCAGAUGUCAGUUCCAUGAACAAGAUCUUGAAUCUGGUGCAAUUAUUUGUAGUUCUCUUAUAAAACUGUCCUUAGAUAAAUUAGCUAUCGGAAUAGAGAUUGCAUUGCGGACAGAAGUGAUGAAUUCAUAGAGGAUUAGUAACAAGAUGAGACUGUAGUAUGAUACGAGGUAUAUCCGCCCUAGUAUCUGUCACAUGUCCAGGGGAUCAAUCUUAUGUUUUGGUGCGCCGAAGUCAAACUUGAAAUGAUAUGAUAGUUGGUGAACGACUACAUUCAGUUGUGCAAUGAAUGAAAGGCUUGUAGAACAUAUGUUAAUCUGAGUUUUUGCUUUUCAUUUAUUUUUGUCACUAACCUUUAACCAAAAGAAUGAGAUGAAUUUUGUACUCGUUUUUUGUUUUGCUAAAGGUGCAUUGUUUAACCA